AUGGAUUUCCCACUUAAAGGAGAAAUGACUGAACAAAUCAGAGAAAUGAUGUUAGCUGAUCCUGCUGUGGCUUUUGAAAAGAUAAACCAACAUUUGAAACAGACAGCUCAUAUUAAACUAAAUAUUGGCAUUACAGGGGAACCUGGCACUGGUAAAUCAACAUUUGUUAAUGCUUUCAGUGGGUUAGAUAACAAUGAUGAGGGAGCUGCACCUACUGGGCGUGGAAACACCACCAUAAAUCCCACAUCAUACUGUCAUCCAGACUACCCUAAUGUCAUCUUAUGGGAUCUCCCAGGAAUUGGUUCAAAUAUGUGGCCCGCAGAUACAUACGUAGAACGUGUUGAAUUAGAGAAGUUUGACUUCUUCAUCAUCAUCUCAGCUAAUCGAUUCAGAGAAAAUGAUGUAAAACUGGCAAAUGAGAUUCAGAAGAUGGGAAAGAAGUUCUACUUUAUUCGCUCAAAGAUCAACCAUAACUUACGGGAUGAAGGACGAAGUCGGACAGAUUUCAAUGAAGAGAAGACUCUACAAACCAUCAUGGAGGACUGCAUUCAAGGACUAAAUGAGCUGGGAAUAGAGUCUCCUCAGGUUUUCCUUCUGUCCAUGCCUGAUCUCAAACAGCAUGGUUUAAAGGAAUUAAAGAGCACAUUUGAGAAAGAACUUCCUGAACUCCAGAGGAAGACUCACCGUUUGGCCACGAGGAAACUUUUGAUGCAAAUUUUAAACAACAACACAGAAAGCUUUGGGGACAAAAUGAUCAUUUACUUUAUUCUCUUAGCUCUUGAACCAUUUCUGCCA